CCUUAUUAGCUUCAAAUUAGUUAAUAAUAAUGUAUCCCUGUCCCUGUGGUGUCAAAUGUCUUAUUAUUCUUUACGUAGUACUACUACUACUUGCACUUGGAAUCCAUGCGUUACAGAGUGACAUCGAUUGCUUGAAAUCGGUUAAAGAAUCGUUGGAAGAUCCUCUGGGUUACCUUCAUAGCUGGAACUUUAACAACAACACUGAAGGAUUUAUCUGCAGGUUCAAUGGAGUUGAUUGCUGGCAUCCCGAUGAGAACAAAGUGCUAAAUAUCCGACUCUCUAACAUGGGACUUGGAGGGCUUUUCCCUCUAGGUAUUCAAACAUGUUUAAGCUUAACAGGUUUAGAUCUUUCAAGAAACCGGCUAAAAGGAACCAUACCUUGGAAUAUAACAAAGAUGGUGGGGUGGAUUACAACGCUGGACUUAUCGUCUAACCAGUUCUCGGGUGAGAUUCCUGUUGGUUUGGCAAACUGCACAUACUUAAAUGUGGUGAAGUUAGACAACAAUAAGCUAACAGGCCAAAUUCCACCUCAAUUUGGUUUGUUGACACGCAUUAAGGAUUUCAGUGUUGCCAACAACAGAUUGAUAGGACCAGUCCCACAUUUUGGAAACUAUUCCAUUCCUGCAGAAAAUGUUGCUUAUAAUGAAGGACUUUGCGGAGCUCCAUUGCCGGAUUGCCCACUACAUGUACAUGCCAAGAAAGAUCAUUUGUUCCUCACUGGAUUUGUCACAGGUUGGGCCAUCUUUGUGUUGCUCACUUUAUUUAUUUACGUCUUUGGAAUUCCCUAUGCAGCAGCAGCAGCUGCUAUAGGAAAGAAGAAUGUAAGUAUAUGUCCUGAGCAAUUAGAGGAUAUUGGGAACCAAGCCAUGCUCAUUACCAGAAAGGAAGCCUAUGAAUUGAGCUGCUCUACAGAUAUCAUUUUUUGUAGCUACACAACUAAUCCACUCCAGAUAGAUGAAGUGAUCACACAGAGGAUUUGA